AUGCGUGCAACGUGGUCGGACGGUACGAGGAGAACGUGUUUCCCCGGGCCGGAUGGCUACAUACCGCCGCCUACCGCCGCACAAACCUCUAAGGUCACUCGAGUUGUCCGUAAUACGCAGUACGUCGCCGAGGAACCACCGAAAACUGUGGAGUAUGUUACCCGACAGGUCGGUGGUGUCAAACUCAAGGAUGCCGACUUGUCUCCCUCGGACCUUCGGACUUUCCAGCGGGACUGCCUGGAAGCCCACAACAAGUACCGGGCCCGCCACGGCGCACGCAGCCUGAGACGGUCGGAAGAUCUGAACAAGCGAGCCCAGGACUGGGCCGCUCACCUCGCCAAGAAAGACGAGUUCAAGAACAGUGGCAACACCGAUGUGGGAGAAAACAUCGUGAUGCAUUACUCAAGCGCCAGCACUGCGUUUUCUGGGAAUGAAGCCACUGACAUGUUUUACCGCCAGAUCGACAAGUACAACUUCAAGAAACCCGGUUUCACGUCGGGUGCAGGACACUUCACGCAGAUGGUUUGGAAAGGAUCUAGAGAGUUUGGCAUUGGGAGGGCGAUCACGAAGGACGGUAAGGUGCUGAUCGUUGGCCAGUACCGACCGCCAGGCAACGUGGUCGGACGGUACGAGGAGAACGUGUUCCCCCGGCCGGAUGGCUACAUACCGCCGCCUACCGCCGUACAAACCUCUAAGGUCACUCGAGUUGUCCGUAAUACGCAGUACGUCACCGAGGAACCACCGAAAACUGUGGAGUAUGUUACCAGACAGGUCGGUGGUGUCAAACUCAAGGAUGCGGACUUGUCUCCCUCGGACCUUCGGACUUUCCAGCGCGACUGCCUGGAAGCCCACAACAAGUACCGGGCCCGCCACGGCGCACGCAGCCUGAGACGGUCGGAAGAUCUGAACAAGCGAGCCCAGGACUGGGCCGCUCACCUCGCCAAGAAAGACGAGUUCAAGAACAGUGGCAACACCGAUGUGGGAGAAAACAUCGUGAUGCAUUACUCCAGUGCCAGCACUGCGUUUUCUGGGAAUGAAGCCACUGACAUGUUUUACCGCCAGAUCGACAAGUACAACUUCAAGAAACGUUUCACGUCGGGUGCAGGUCACUUCACCCAGUUGGUCUGGAAAGACACCAAGGAGUUCGGCAUAGGCAAAGCGAUCACCAAGGAGGGAAAGGUCAUCGUGGUGGCUUUCUACAGUCCCCCUGGCAACGUCAUGGGACAGUUCGACACCCAGGUCUCCAAGUAGAAGUGAACUGAGACUGGCAGCGAGGAAACGUGAGAUAGAGGGCAGCAGAGUAAUCAAUGUA